AUGGUCCUUAGGCAUGAGAUCAGGGACGUGCACCUCGUGGAGGAGAGCGUGCUGGAGAGCCUGAAGGUCAAAGCCGACUUCCACAACUUCAAACCGCGCCCCUUCAACAUGCGGGAAUUCUACGACCGCACAGGUCACGACAUUAAAGACAUGCUGCUGUCCUGCCACUUCCACGGCACCGAGUGCAGACCUGAAGACUUCAAAGUGGUCUUCACUCGCUAUGGGAAGUGUUACACCUACAACGCAGGCAGCGAUGGACACCCUCCACUCAUCACGACAAAGGGGGGUAUGGGUAAUGGACUGGAGCUCAUGUUGGACAUUCAGCAGGAUGAAUAUCUGCCAGUCUGGGGAGAAACAGAUGAGACUUCUUUUGAAGCCGGGGUCAAAGUUCAGAUCCACAGUCAAGACGAGCCGUCCUUCAUCGACCAGCUCGGCUUCGGCGUGUCACCGGGCUUCCAGACAUUCGUCUCCUGCCAGGAACAGAGGCUGAUCUAUCUGCCCCCACCGUGGGGAGACUGUAAGGUGACGCCCAUGGAUUCAGAGUUCUUCGACACUUACAGCAUCACGGCCUGUCGCAUAGACUGUGAAACACGCUACCUGGUGGACAACUGCAACUGUCGCAUGGUGCACAUGCCCGGCGAUGCACCUUACUGCACCCCCGAGAUGUACAAAGAAUGUGCUGACCCAGCUCUCGAUUUUUUGGUGGAACAGGACAAUAAUUUCUGCGUGUGUGAGACGCCGUGCAACAUGACGAGGUACAGCAAAGAGCUGUCCUUUGUCAAGAUCCCCAGCAAGGCCUCCGCCAAAUACCUCGCAAAGAAAUACAACAAGUCGGAGCAGUAUAUUAAGGAUAAUAUUCUGGUUUUAGACAUCUUCUUUGAAGCUCUGAACUAUGAAACUAUUGAACAGAAGAAAGCUUAUGAAGUGGCCGGACUUUUAGGUGAUAUUGGUGGACAGAUGGGGCUUUUUAUUGGGGCGAGCAUCCUGAGUAUUCUGGAGAUAUUUGACUACAUUUAUGAGGUGCUGAAGUACAAACUGUGUCGCUGCUCGAACAAGAAGCACAAACACAACAACAACAACAACCAGGGAACCGUCCUGAGCUUAGACGACGUCAAGUGUCACGUCAGUAACUUUCAUUGA